CACCGCCAUCCCAUCACCUUGUGCACCUCGUGUUUUUGUUCCUCUAAACUGAAAAAGUGUUUACAUGCUCAAUUAAAAAUAUUAAAUUAACUGAACAGUUUUUCGCCAUGUCGGCUUCAACCCUGUCCCGCUUUCAGGGCACCUUGCUGGGGGUCUUGGUUGGGGAUUGUCUUGGUGGACCGUUCGAGGGAAGUAAAUACGUUUCAAAGGCACAUCUUAACAAAUACUUUGCAAAAAUGUUGGACCCUUCGGUGCGACUCCCCUUUAAAACCUACACGGACGACACCGCCAUGACGAAAAGUGUCGCAUUAUCUUUAAUUCAGUGUCGCCGUGUCGAUCCAAUGGACAUGGCGAAACGCUUCGUCUCAGAAUACAAUGCGGAUCCGAAACGCGGUUAUGGCGCAACGGUUGGUGACGUAUUUCAGAAUCUGCACCUGACCGCGUUUGAGGACCCUUUUGGCCCCGCGUCCCGACAAUUUGGAGGGAUGGGAAGUUACGGAAAUGGCGCCGCGAUGCGUAUUAGUCCCGUUCCCCUUUUCACUCAUUCAACUUCUGACGAAAGUGACGACCUAUCCACACUUCUCGCCGCGGUGGAGACCUGUUCCAAAGUGACACAUUCCAAUCCACUCGGGAUUAGGGGCGCUAUUCUGCACGCGAUCGCAGUCCGAGCCGCUUUACGGCACAAGGCAGGUGAAAAGAUGGACACGACUGCAUUUACGAAUGGACUGAUUGAUAUCAUGGCGCAGGUGGAGGGUGCAGAUUCCGGCAAGGCGCAUAUGACUCAUUCGAAAUUGGACAAGGAUCCAGAAACGAGUUACGUCAAAAAAUUGGAGAUUGUGAGAUCCUUCCUAGCCUUGAACGAGCCACCGCAUAGGGAAGAGAUCGAGGAGGUUUUGGGUACCGCGGUCAGUGCGCAUCGUUCCGUACCCACUGCGCUUUAUUGUUUCUUAGCGGCGCAGAAGCCCAUCCCGGAAAUUGAGACUGACAACGUGUUCCAACGGGCCUUAAUGUUAUCUUUUCAUCUUGGCGGCGAUACGGACACGAUCGGAUCUAUGGCUGGGGCUUUGGCAGGGGCACAAUUCGGCCUUGAUGGGAUUCCCAGUGGUCUGCUGAAACAUUGUGAAGCCACGAAGCAAGCGGUUCAAUGGGGAGAAGAUUUGUUCAAUUUGGCAGAAACGUCGUCCUCCGCGUCAUCGAAAGGGACACAGCGAAGUAGCUGAAUAAAUCGUAUCCUUCCCUCAUUUUGUAACUUGCGCCAUAGUUAAACUAUAGCCUUGGCGCAAGUAGGAAAUGAACCCGUACCUUACCAAACCAAAAAUGACUGCGACUUUAAUAUUUAAUUAUUUUGUUCUUGAGUGCACUAAUAGAUAACUAAAAAUACGAGACGUAUUUAACUUAUUAAAUUGUAGUAGGUUUGCCUAUAAUUUGUAAUGACAAUGUUUAUGUAGCUUAUCAACCCCCCUAUUUCCCCAGCAAUUUACGAUGAGUAGUCAUUUCGUAAAAAUAAAAGAAACGUAGUCAACAUAA